AAGUUAGCAUUAUGAGAAAUUUACUAGAGGUAUGAUCUACAAGCUCAAGGAAAAAUCCCGAGACUUAUCGAUUUGGAAAAAGGAACGAAAUUGUAGGUGGCUCCACGACAGUAAUGCGGUUCGACAACAAUCGUUAAGUAAAUUGACUUCGCAAUUUAAGUGAACGUACAGAGAUAUAAAUAAAUGAGAAAAUUAGAUACACAAGAGGCCUGGGGUGCCGAAAGGUUAGAAGCGCAAUUAGAAGCCGCUCGAGAUGGUCUUCGGGGACUCGAUCGAAGUAUUCGAAAGAUUUUGGGCCGGGAUCUGCCUGAUGGAGAAAACGGACCGCUACAACCACCACCCAGAUUAUCACAAAAGAGACCAUUGCAAGAGGAUAGAAGGCGUGUUGUUUCUGAUUUUGUCAACAAUGAACUACCUGGUGGAAAAAGGAGAUGGCAAGGUUCAAAUGGUGAACCAAAAACAGUUUUCAGUCGGUUAAGUGCACGUGUUCCUUCUAAUAAUGACGAUAGUGCUGAUGAAGAUGAUAAUGUUAUUAAGCCAGCAGUGUCUUCGAGAGUGAUAGCAACACCGAGAGAGAUUCCAUCUAGACAGGAAGUUAUUAGACGGGAAAGAAUAGAUGAACGUAGCAGGCAAAGGAAUAAACGAAUGUUUGGUGCCCUUUUAGGAACAUUACAGAAAUUUCGGCAAGAAGAAACUAAACUGAAAGCAAAGGAAGAUAAAAAAGCAGAAGUAGAGGCAAGAGUAGAAGAAGCCAGAAGAAGAGAAAAGGAAGAAUUACGACGAGAAAGACAACAAUUAUUCUUAUCGCGUAAACGGCAACUAGCAGAAGUUCGAGCACUAGAGGCAAAAUUGGCGCGCAGCCGACAAUUUCAAGAUUGGCGUGCGGCGCAAUUACCACUUGCUUCGUUUAUAAAAACGCGUGCCCAACCUCCUAUUUAUUACGUACCAAAGCGUAAACAUCCACAAACUGAUAUUCUACUAACGCAAUCUGCGAAAGAACUUCAUGAGGAGAUCGAAAGAAGGGAGAAGGCAUUGGUCGAAGAGCUGGAACUUAUAGAAGUGCAAGUAGGUCUCGGGAAACAUCAACAAAAUUUUGAUGGAUCCGCAACAUUAAAUACAACAGCGGAAGUUCCACAGUCGACGGAAGAAGGAGAAGAAAAUCGCGAUCCAAAUCCAGAGAAGAACUUAGAAUCAGAGAAUAACGAACCGGCUGAUGUUUCCAUGAAAUCCGACAAGGAUGAAAAUUACGAAAACACGAAUGAUAUUGAAAAGAAGGAGGAAGUAAAGGUAGAUGAAGCAAAAGAUGAAAAUAAUGGCUAGUAUUAAAUGUACUUACAAUAAUUGUACAUAUUACGUACAUUGAAUGGUCCAACGAAGGAGAAGAUGUUUUUCUUACACAACACUUUACAUGUAUGAAUGAAUUUUACAAUUUUCAAAGAAAACAUUUCACUUUUUACUUGUCAUCAUAUAGAUAUAAAUUCAUUCCCUUCAUUGAAUUACAUGCUCAUUUUGUCAUCAUCCAAAUGUCAAGUAGCAAACGUUAUUCAGAUUUUUCUUAGAUGUAAGAAGAAACACUAUGAUCGGGGAUAUAGUUGCAUUUCAUUGGAACCAAUAUUUUUUAAAUGUUAUAUAUUUGUAUCAUGGCUGUUGUAGAAUAUUAUUUAAGUAAUUACCAUCUUGUAAGUAGGACAAAAACUUUGAGAAAUAAGUGGAUAAAUGUCGAUAAACAGUCGUUUAAAUUGAAUCGAUACAUUUAUAGUUUGGGAAACAUUAUGUAAAAUAGUCCGCUCAUUGUUUUCUUCGUAUCAGCAUCUGUCUUUUAAUACGUAUGUGAAGAAGAGAAUCAUUGAAUAAAUGAUUUAAUGCUUUACGUGUAUCGUAGAAUAAAAUAUAAAUUCCAAUUUCGAGGAUAUCUGUUGGUAACAUAGUAUAAUUCAAAUACUUACGAAAAUUUGUAUAUUUGUGUUUCCUCCCUUUACUUUUCUUUUUUAUUUUUUUUUUUUUUUUUUUUUUUUGUGUUGUUGUUGUUGUACACACCAUAUGUACGAUACACAUUAAUUACGACGGUUAAAAAGUCGAUAACUUUUUUCCAUAGCAAUAUUAAUAGAUACCUGUUACAUAAAAUGAAUUUGAAUCUAUUAUCUUAAGAGAUAAUUUUUCUUUUGUUUUUAUUAAAUAAGAAAUAAACAAAUUUUGGAAUUACAUGUAUUUUUAAAUAAACUAAAAAUGAACGAGA